AUGCAAGCGCUAUGGCCUGUGGGAGCUGUGGCGGGGCUUGGUGCUGCCGACUGUGCCUAUUUGACCUAUUCGAAGGUGACGCAGGUACCCCUGGCCUGCCCUGUGGAAGGGGGCUGCACUGAGGUGCUGAAUUCCAGCUAUGCCUCGAUUGGUCCCGUGCCAUUGUCCGCCUUGGGUUUGGUGGCAUACCUGGCUGUUGCCGUUCUGAGUGUCUCUCCCCAGAACAAGGACCUGUUGUAUUGGCUCUGCUUGACAAUGGCCUUGUCUUCCCUUGGCCUCACCGGCAUCCUCAUCUUCGUGCUGCAGGCACCUUGCCCUUACUGCGCUGCGUCAGCCUUCGUCUCUGCGAUGCUCCUGACGCUGGUGGAGACACGAAGAGCACGCGAUGCCGCGCGGGAGGCACGCCAGGUCACGGUGGUGCAAACCAACGAGGGCGUGGCCAGCAUGCUGCCAGGGUUCGAGCCGUCAGCAACUGCCAUGACCCAAGCAGUGGCCGAGGAGGCCGAGCCCCGGCGCGCGGUGCUCGGCCUCUCGGCCGUGCUGGCUCUUGGCGCGCUGAGGGGCGGCACCCUGCCAUCGCGGCGGCUACAAAAUGCCUGGGCCUACUUCACGCUUGUGGAGCAGUACAAGCCAAACCACCCGCCAGUCCUCAGCAAUUCCUCGAAGGCUGAGAUGGCCCUUGCAAGACAUCUCCGGAAGAUCGGGGCAGCCUGCUAUUCGACGUGGUGGUGCCCUCACUGUCAGGAGCAACGUGAAAGCUUUGGCAAGGAGGCCGUGGAGGUUGCGCCCUUCAUCGAGUGCUCAUCGAAGAGUAGACAGCAGCUUCCAGUUUGCCGUGAUGCGGACAUUGAAAGCUAUCCCACGUGGAUCAUAGAUGGCAAGAAGUACCUGGGAGGCCGGGAUUUGUCGGACCUGGCAGAGAAAAGCGGAUUCACAGAGUACCCUGCAGAGGCUUUCAAGCCCCGGGACGACAAGCUUCUGGA